AUGGCGGGUGCAGUCGCGAUUCCCAUGGGUGCCUACGACAACAGCGUCCAGACCGAGGGCUCCAAGGUCUACGCGAUCGUUGUCUGCGUCUUUGCGUCGCUCGGUGGCAUCUUCUUUGGCUAUGACCAAGGCGUCACCGGCGGUGUCCUUGUCAUGGACUCGUUCCUCAACGACUUUUGCAUCGGCUACGACGGCAACUCGGAGGCCGCGUGCAAGGCCAACUCGUC